CUGCAUUAGUUAUUGUAAUAAAAUUUUCAAAAUAAAAGUUUUUGUAAAACGUCAAUGUCCUGUCACGUGCAGGUGUUCUUGAUGACGCGCGCUUCCUUCUGACCCCGCCCCUGGCUGUGACGUCACGGUCCUCCCCCGGGAGUCACGUGUGAUUAGUCAAGUUCCCUCGCAAGUCCCAACAACAUCACUUUUUUUUUUCUUUUUUUUUUAUGGAAGCCGGAAGUCCUCCUGAACAUCCUGUUUGCGUCCUGCCAUAUGUCGGCGAGGUGACGCGCCCGGCCGCCCUCCAUCGUUUCCCGCCCACCUGCGUCCGAGUGGCCGGAUGGACCCCACCUUGUGGCAGUACCAGUUCCGGGUGAUCAUGCUGGGAGACUCCACGGUGGGCAAGUCGUCGCUGCUGAAGCGCUACACGGAGGACGCCUACCUGGAGACCCUCGACGAGACGGUGGGCGUGGACUUCUACGUGCACUUCCUGCAGGUGGAGCCCGGGGUGAGGGUCAAGCUACAGUUCUGGGACACCGCCGGACAGGAGCGCUUCCGGUCCGUGACCCGCUCUUAUUACCGUAACUCAGUGGGAGCCCUGCUGGUGUUCGACCUGGCCAACCGGGCCUCCUUCCAGCACGUCCGGGAGUGGCACGCCGAGGUGUGCGAGCGAGUGCAGCCUCACCGGGUCCUCUUCGUCCUGGUGGGCCACAAGAGCGACCAGGCGGAGCGGGCGGUGAGUCGGGAGGAGGCGGAGGAACUGGCCCUGCUUUUAGGGACGCCCUACGUGGAGGCCUCGGCCAAGACGGGGCAGAACGUCAAGGCCGCCUUCGAGACGCUGGCUCGCGGGGUCUACCAGGGUCUGGUGAGCGGGGAGGUGGAGCUGCAGGAGGGCUGGGACGGGGUUAAAUGUGCUGCCCCGCUGGCUCUGCACAGGACCGCCCAGCCUGGUGUGGAGCGCGAGGGAAAACACAAGUGCUGUAAAUAAAAGACAGCUAAAAUGAUCACUGUUAAAGUCACGAUGUUUUUUUUGGUCUGACAUUUUAAUAA